GUCCAGGCCUGGCGUUCAUUGCAUACCCUCAGGCUGUAGCCAUGAUGCCCCAACCUCAACUGUGGUCCAUCUGUUUCUUUGUUAUGCUCAUUCUCUUGGGUCUGGAUACACAAUUUGUUAACAUGGAGGUGGUGAUGACGUCCUUCACUGAUAUGUUUCCCAAAGUGUUGCACAGGACCGGCCACAGGGAGAUUUUUCUCCUUCUCUUCUGCCUGAUAUGUUUCUUCUCUCAGCUUGUCAUGGUUACUGAGGGAGGGAUGUUUGUGUUCCAGUUGUUGGACUACUAUGCUUGUAAUGGAGCCUGCAUCCUCUUUCUAUGUGUGUUUGAAACUCUGGCACUGGGUUGGAUAUUUGGGGUAGAUAAGUUAUAUGACAUAAUAAAGGACAUGACAGGGACACGAGCCAACUACUUCUUUAAACUCUGCUGGCUCUACCUCACACCACUGGUCUCACUG